AUGCACACGAGACCACGAAGUGCGCGUGUCUGGGAGCGAAGGAACGUGACGGGCAGGGCCACCCCCAGCCCAGACCCUGGGGCCCCGCUGCUGAACCACCCCGAGCACCGGCCACGGGUCGCGCGCGUUCACGGGGCCGCAGGGAGGCUGACGGCUGUCGGCCUUGGUGCCUCAGGCCCCGCGGGGUCACCACCCAGGGGCGGUGGUGGAAGGAGGCUCCACGGGAACGGCCACCCCACCACGGGGGUCACUCCUCGCACCCGGCCUCCAGGGCACCGAGGGGGGCCGACACCUGCCUCAAGUCCAGGAAGCCCAUUCGGCGAUCGGCCCCGGUCCCCGGAGGCGCCAAAGGCCACAAGGUGCUGGUGGCGUCGGGAGCGUGACCGUCCCUGGAUCCUGGCCCGUGGACAGGGCGUCCAGGGCCAGGGCAGGAAGGAGUCUGCUGUGAAGACGCUCAGGGCCCAGGCGACGGAUCCAAGCCCGAAGGAGCUUCGGGUCAACCGCGGGAUCUUGGUUCCCCAGCCUCCACCUGUCUGCACCGGCCGAGCUGCCGGGUCCCGCCGUGCGACGCCCGACAGGUGCAACCGCUCGGAUGCAGUCCCUCGGUGGCCCUCGUCCAGUGGGACCGGCGGCGUCCGUACAGAGCGGAGGCACGGGGACAGGCGUCCCGGGAGGGCCGGGAGAGAUCUGCGGGGGGACUUCCAGCCGCGGCUCCUCGGACGGCCCCGCACUCACACGCCGCUCCCACCGCCCAGGAACACCGGGGCCGCGGUCAUCGGGCCGCAGGGGAAGCGCCACUCAUCCCGGGGCGUCACCCCGGGCCAACGUCAGCCGCCUGAGGCCCGGCCCCGGGCGCAGCUCCGGCCUCUGGGGUCCGUAGAGGGUUCAGGGCUCGCAGACGGCGGCCCGGGGAGCCACGAGGAGCACUGCUUCCACGCCGUCCUCUGCGGGUCCGACGGCCCCUCGGCGGGUGACACGGGGGCCACGCUACCCAGACUCCUCCCAGCGACAGCCAGCGGGCACGGGGAGGUGCCCCACUUCCGUCGUCCACUCUGCGGCCGCUCAGAUCCGAAACUGCAGCCCUGGGCACCCUCCUGCGGCUGGGCCUCAGGUCUGGGGGCGCCAACUUCCAGCCCCUCCCCGGCCUCUCUCGGUUCCCCUCCUCGCCCCGACCUCGCCUGGCCUCCCUACCUGCCUCUGCGUCACUUCCUCUCUCGAGGGCGCCCCCGCCCCCCGGCCGCGGAGCCGUGCGCUCAGGUGGCCCCUGCCCACCCCGCACUGCACACCCACAACUUGCAACAGGGGAGAACUCCGGGGUCUCGCCAUGUCACCCGGUGCGAGCAUCUGCGGAGGCCACGGCCCCACCUCCCACACGGGCCCCCCCAGAAGGCCCGAGCCCCAGCAGCCGACGGCGGGUCAGCACAAGGUGCCGUGGGGGCGGCUGGGCAGGGGCAGCCCCCGGGGGGGGGGUACGAGCCACUGGGGGGCCGCCGGGGGCAGCACACGUUCAGAGGGCAGCGCUGGCCUCUCAAGACGGCCCCGAGGUCCGGGGGCGGGCGGCCCCCCUCGCUGAGCGUGCCCGGGAGUGGGAAGUGCUGGCCCGGGACUCCAGGAGCGCCCGCCUCCGCAGCUGGACACGUCUGCGCCGCCAGCCUGGGCCCAGCGACUCUGCUGCAGGAGCUGACCCGGGCCGGCGUGCGGAGGCCGCUCUGCGAGCGGAGGCCCCCGGCCUCCCGGCCUCGCCCCGGCACCUGCAGGUGCCAGAGCCCUGAGCCUCCGGCCUGGCCAGCCCAGCUGCCGCCCGCGGACAAGAACCCAGCGGCCGCAGAAGCGCCAGAGCCGAGGGCGUGUUUCAGGACGGCUCCGGUGCCCGCGAGACCUGGAGACAGAGGCGUCGAGGGCACCGCCCCGGGGGGUCCACAUGAGAGCCUGGCAGGGCCCUGGGGACGGCGGGGGCCCCGGCAACCACAACGGGGACGCAGAGGCCGGCACUUCAGGGGGCGAGGCCCCGCCUGGGGGCCUGGCAGGUGGGAGCGGGCCCCGGGGUCGGCGGGGACAGGCACGGCCGGGCGGGCUCGAGGGACACUGGGGACACGGGCCAGCGCCCGCCCACCUGACGGCCCCGGUACCGCGGACUUCUGGUUUCUCGGCUCCCGCGGCUGGGGAGCUGGUCGGGGGAAUUUCAUCAUCUUGUGGGUUCGGGGAGAAAAAGGGGAAGAGGUCAGGUCUUCAGCUCGUCCUCCCAGACGCCCCUGCCAGAGCCGAGCCUCGUUCCGCCUGGUCUUCACGGCCGUCAAGCUCCUUAUUGCUCAUCCUGGUUUUGCGCGAGGCGUCGGGCAGCGCGGAUCCCUCACGGGUCUCAGCCACAAAGGCGAUUUCCGGCUGAGUGGGAGCGGGAGGGCAAGCCAGCGGCGGCCGCCGCCUCCAGGAAGCCUCCGGACACUCCUCCCAGGACGGCCGCCAGCCUGUCGCCGUGGGGUCGCGAGCCUCUGGAGCCGCAUCCCCCGCUGGGCAGGCUCGGGGCACACUCUCGGGUGA